GUCUUUCUCGAGCAAAUGCUGCGCAUCCGCCGGAUGGAGAACAAAUCGGCCGAGUUGUACCGCGCCAGGCUUAUCAAUGGAUUCUGCCAUUUGUACUCGGGUCAGGAAGCCGUGGCUGUGGGCAUCAAGGCCGGCAUGCACGACAACGACACCCUCAUCACCUCGUACAGGUGCCACCCGUUCGCCAUCCUGUUUGGCGGAAGCGUUCGCCAAGUUUUCGCUGAACUGAUGGGCCGGCAAACCGGCUGCUCCAAGGGCAAGGGGGGCUCCAUGCACAUGUACGCCCCGAAAUUUUACGGCGGUGACGGCAUCGUUGGCGGACAGGUCCCGGUGGGUGCUGGCAUAGCCUUCGCGCACAAGUACAACGGCGACGGGGCGGUGUCCAUAGUUAUGUACGGGGACGGGGCAGCGUCCCAGGGACAAAUUUUCGAGGCGUGGAACAUGGCGAAACUGUGGAACUUGCCGAUCGUGUCGGUGUGCGAGAACAACAAGUACGGCAUGGGCACGAGCACGAACCGGCACUCGGCCAACGAUCAGUUCUACACCCGCGGCGAUCUCAUACCCGGCCUCAAAGUGGACGGUAUGCGGGUAGAGGAGGUGCGCGAGGCCGUGAGAUUCGCUAGGGAGUACGCGGUCCGCGAUGGGCCGAUUAAUCUUGAAAUGGUGACUUACAGAUACUUUGGGCACAGUAUGAGCGAUCCUGGCACGGGUUACCGGACCAGGGAUGAGGUCAAGUCUGUGCAGAAACAGCAGGACCCGAUCAAGAAUCUCAUGCAUCUUCUGGAGAAGCACAAUAUCAAGACCAAGGAGGAGAUCGAGCAACUGAGGAAAAAGAUUAACAAGGAGGUUGACAAGCAGCUCGAGGAGGCGAAAAAAGACGCUUGGACGGAUAAGUCGGAGCUGGCGACGGAUAUCUACGUCAAAAGCUUGGAACCCGUACGGGGUAUGGUCCCCUGGGAGAUUUAUUAGUUUAAAAAAAAUUUUUUUUUCUCACCUCGAGGUAUGUAUGA